AUGUCGGAGCUCAACUUCCCCGCAUCCUCAGCAGCUAUGCUAGAAUCCAGACUUCCAUCAUCAACAAACCCGUCUGGAACCUCACGGCCAUUUGUGACACUCACAUUUGCAACUUCACUUGAUUCAUCGCUUUCUCUGGCCCCUGGCGUCCGAACUCGACUCUCCGGGCCCGACUCAAAAGCAAUGACUCACUAUCUUCGUUCACGACACGAGGCUAUUCUCAUCGGCGUUUCUACUCUCUUGGCCGAUUCGCCAGCCCUAAAUUGUCGUAUAAUCGGUGCUACAAGCCAGCCCCGGCCCAUUGUCAUUGAUCCUCAUCUCAGAUGGACUCCUAGCAGCUCCGACAAAGUCCUAGAGGUUUCUCGCCUCGGUAAUGGUUUAGCUCCCUUUGUCCUGACUGGUGUGUCUAGCCAGGACUUACCUGCUGAGAACGUUGCACUACUCGAGCAGCAUGGCGGAAAGUAUAUCCAUGUUCCGACUACACUAGCACCCAACGGACGCAUGCGCUUUGAUUGGCAUGAUGUAUUCAGAGUCUUGCAUCAUGCAGGUCUCUUCAGCGUCAUGGUCGAGGGAGGCGGCCAAAUUAUCAACUCCCUGCUUGAUCCUCGAUAUCACGAAUUAGUUGACUCCGUUAUUGUUACUAUUGCACCAACCUGGCUCGGUCAAGGAGGCGUUGUCGUGUCGCCAGAUCGCCUCCAGGAUCCAGCAGGUGUUCCGAUUCCUGCUGCGCGGCUAUCGAAUGUCUCAUGGCAUCCUUUUGGCGAAGACGUUGUCUUGUGUGGCACGCUUCACGCCUAG